AUGAUAUACCUUGGAUGUUUCCUGUUUCUUUGUGGGUUUACGCAUGCCAUACCAAGUUAUCCUAUCUGGUGGUCCCUAGCGGUGGGCCACCAGUACUCGUCCCUGGGCUCCCAGCCCAUCCUGUGUGGCUCCAUCCCUGGCCUGGUGCCCAAACAGCUGCGAUUCUGCCGAAACUACGUGGAGAUCAUGCCCAGUGUGGCCGAGGGGGUGAAGAUCGGCAUCCAGGAGUGCCAGCACCAAUUCAGGGGCCGCCGCUGGAACUGUACCACCAUCAACGACAAGGCCAUCUUUGGACCAGUGCUUGACAAAGCCACGCGGGAGUCAGCAUUCGUUCAUGCCAUUGCCUCAGCGGGGGUGGCGUUCGCGGUGACGCGGUCCUGCGCCGAGGGCUCAGCCACCAUCUGUGGUUGUGACACACGCCACAAGGGCCCACCUGGCGAGGGCUGGAAGUGGGGCGGAUGCAGCGAGGAUGUGGAUUUCGGCAGCAUGGUGUCCCGGGAGUUUGCAGACGCCCGUGAGAACCGGCCCGAUGCGCGCUCCGCCAUGAACCGCCAAAACAACGAGGCGGGACGAACGUCUCUGAAUGACAACAUGUUCCUGAAGUGUAAGUGCCAUGGCUUGUCAGGCAGCUGUGAGGUGAAGACGUGCUGGUGGUCCCAGCCUGACUUCAGAGUUAUCGGAGACUACAUGAAGGACAAGUACGACAGCGCAUCAGAGAUGGUGGUGGAGAAGCACAAGGAGUCCCGCGGCUGGGUGGAGACUUUGAGACCCAAGUUCACCUUCUUCAAACCGCCCACGGAGCGAGACCUGGUCUACUACGAGAGCUCCCCCAACUUCUGCGAGCCCAACCCAGAGACAGGCUCUUUCGGGACGCGCGACCGUGCCUGUAACCUGACAUCACACGGCAUCGACGGCUGCGACCUGCUGUGCUGCGGCCGGGGACACAACACCCGGACGGAGAAACGGAAGGAGAAGUGCCACUGCAUCUUCCACUGGUGCUGCUACGUCAGCUGCCAAGAGUGUGUUCGAGUCUACGAUGUUCACACCUGCAAAUAG